GAGAGCGCAGUUGUGAGCAACUUUAGUUGAUUGCGAUCCUUCGUUAGUGCGCUUGCGUCUCUCGAUUGGUUGAUUAUCAGUCGCUUAAUUGGUUUUUUUUAUUGGUUAAUUGGUUGGUCGGCGCGUGAUGGCGGAGCCGAGAGUCGUCAGUUUCCCCGAAGUCCGUGCCUAGUGACGGCGACUCGAGGGCUCGUGUGGGCGGGUGCUGAAGAUGUCCUCGGACCUGCUAUGUGCCCGUGGAGAGAGGUUUGCUCUUCCUGGACGCUCCGGACGAAGACUCGAGCAACUGGAUGAUGUUUGUGCGUCCGACCAAAACGCAGGAGGAACAGAACCUGGUGGCCUACCAGCACCAAGGCCCGGUGUACAUCACCAACACCAAGCCAGAAACCCCUGACCCCUGGAAGUGUUCCAACUGCAGCAACGUGUUCAGCACUUUCUCCCUGCUGGAGUCGCAUCACUGCAGCAGCCACGAUGACUCCGAUCUGGAUCCCGCGCGAGUGCUGGAUCUGGAUGAAGGCAAGCAAGCACUCGUUUCAGGCCACCAGACUCAACCGGAGCUGGAGGCACAACUGACUUUGGCUCGGAGGAAAACUCCUGGCGGCGGCAAAGGUCGCGGACGGCAAAAGGGCAAGCAGAGGGCGGCGGUGGGUCGUCGGGCGGAGGGGCACCUCGCCAACGAAGAGCCGAAGGGCGACUGCGGCCCUGCCGGGUUAACGCUACCACCGAAUCAGAUGGUGCACCCCCCGGGGGCGGACAGGCAAGGGCCGGGCCAGCUGGGCGACGUGGGGCAGAUUGAAGUCGGCGGCCCAGUCCCAACCUCUGGCGGACAGCAGGCGCUGCUUUGCUCGCUGCUCGAGCAGCAGGCCCUGCUGAUCCACCAGCCACCUGCGGCGGCGGCGGAGGAGCUAAGCACUUUUGGACUAAAGGCGGAGCGCGUGCGCGCGCCAGGCGGUGGACCCCCGUGCGGCGACGCCGCCGCCGACGUUGGCAGCCCGCCCCGACUGCGCGCCGUCAAGCGGGAGGGCUCGGGCCCUCUCCUGUCGUCGCGCCGGCGGGGCCGGGAGGGCCGGCCGCGGCGAGCCUUCCCGUGUAGCGCGUGCGGCAAGGUGUUCAUCAGCGUGGAGAAGCUCAAGGUGCACUCGUACUCGCACACGGGCGAGCGGCCCUACAAGUGCUCCAUCGAGGGCUGCUCCAAAGCCUUCGUCUCCAAGUACAAGCUGCUCAGGCAUGUGGCCACCCACUCCCCGCAGAAGACCCACAAGUGCCCGCACUGCGAGAAGAUGUUCCACCGCAAAGACCACCUCAAAAACCACCUGCAGACGCACAACCCCAACAAGCUGGCCUACAAGUGCGAGGAGUGCGGCAAGAAGUACAACACCAAGCUGGGCUUCAGGCGGCACGUGGCGCUGCACGCGGCCGCCAGCGGCGACCUCACGUGCCGCGUGUGUUCGGCUCAGCUGGAGAGCACGCCGGCGCUUCUGGAGCACCUCAAGACGCACGCCAGCAAGCCGUCGGCGGGCCUCAAGGAGAAGCGGCACACGUGCGAGCAAUGCGAGCGGCGCUUCUACACGCGCAAGGACGUGCGCCGCCACAUGGUGGUGCACACGGGGCGCAAGGACUUUGUCUGCCAGUUCUGCUCCCAGCGCUUCGGGCGCAAGGACCACCUGACGAGGCACGCCAAGAAGAGCCACGGGCAGGAGGUGCUCAAAGGCCGGAUGGAAACGCACCAGGAAAUAUUGGGCAUGCUGGGCGUGGGAUCGCUACAGCAACAGCAGCAGCAGCAGCAGCAGCCGCACCACCACCAUCAUCACCAUCACCAGCACGUGCGGGAAGACUACGGGGGCAUGCUGGCGCAGUCCACCCAAGCCUUUUUGCAGGCCAUGCCGGUUAUGAAUGUGUAUUCGCAAGUAGGGGCGUCGUUGCCGCCUCUCUCCCCCCACCACCACCACCAUCACCACCACCACCAGCAGCAGCAUCAACACCAGCACCAGCAGCACCACAAUCCGCUAAGCUUGCCGUUGGGCUGCAUGGAACCCGUUUCGUCGCCCAUCCAUUCCUCGACGCCGCAGCACGUGCACGGAUUGCCGUUGACAUUGCCCCACGAGUUGCCGACGCAGAAGUAUCAGCUGGGAUCUACCUCAUUUUGCAGUGACGAGGCCAAGCGCCUCUCACAGCAGCACCAGCAACAGCACCAGCAACAGCAACAGCACCAGCAGCACCAACAGCACCAGCAGCAGCAGCAGCACCAACAGCAGCACCAGCAGCAGCAGCACCAGCAGCAGCAGCACCAGCAGCAGCAGCAAUCACCGUCGGCCCACAACACAGGUGGCGCGAUGGAUGACGGCUCGUCUGACCCGCUGCUGCAGAAGGAGAGUGCCGCCAUGGCCGAGACGCUUAGCGCCGCCGGCGUAGACCUCUCGCAGCUGCUCAGCUUCCUGCCGCUGAGCCUCCCGGGGCCCGCCCAGCCGGCCGGCGAUGACAUGGGUGAGACCGCCGGCGACGGCGGAGGGGGCUACCUGGCUGGAGAGGACCAAGGCGGCCACAUGGGUGGCGCGCUGGAGCAAGACUCGCUGGAGCCGAGCGAGCAGGGGGUCGGCGGUGGCCUGAACAUGGGGCACAUGCACCCCAUGGUUCCUCCCUAUACCUCAAGCGUCGGCACGCCGUCACUGCCACGCUUCCACCAGGCCUUCCAGUAGUAGUGCGAGCGGAGGGUCGUGCUGGAGCUAUUGUCACUGCCCUGCUCUGCAUGCUUGUUUUUCAGGGCCAAUAGCAAUCUGUGGAACCGCUAACUUGCUCUGACGGCAUUUAACUCGCUCACGUUUUAAAAUAAUUCCAUUUAUAUUUGAAGAAAGAGUGCCAUUGCGUAUUUCACUUAAGCAUGUGUUGUUCUUGUCAGCUUAGUACCCGCAGUUAUUCAAAUUGUAAGCAAAUGUACGUAAAGGGAAGUUGGUGGUCCCACUGACUUAUAUUACUCUGCCGAUUUCACUAUUUAAGUGCGUUUGAUGGUGGCCUGGUUAUUGAGGCACUUUAGUAUGCACCUGUUGGGCGCCCUUUAUUCUUACCUUACUGUCGAUGGGCAUUUUAUUAAGACACCUGUAAUGUCACUUUACAGACAGUGUGAUAAAGCAUUUAUUAAGUCUGUGCCUACCUAAGUUAUUACAGACUUUGGAAAUGUGGAAAGUAUUAAUUUAAUCCUUAACUGAUUCAGCAUUAAAAAAAUAUAAAUGCCAAAUAGAACUGGCCAGAAUCAUGUUCCCCCUAUCUAUCAAAGAGAGUGUUAAAGUUAUAUUUUUUGCAAACUUUAAUGACACAACUCGUGAUUUUGGCUGGGGUUUUUUUUCGACUGCUUUAACAAGGGCACUUAAAUUUCGAUUUAAAGCUUUCGUGACUGCAGGGAUCCAUCUUCUUGGUUCUUUCGGUAAAGUCACGUAGA